UGCGAGUCCGCAAAGGGAGCGUGGGGUGGUGGGCUUUGCUGCCUUUGCGCUCCCCUGGGACCCGGCUGGGGACGUUCACGACAAGAUCUGCCACGAGAGGAGACGCGCGGCGGCUGUGCCCGAGCUUCGGCACCUGCGAGAACCCGACCCAGUGGUUAGCCCGAGUCCCGUACCCACCGGAGGACUUCUUCUCCGGCCUUCGGCGGUGGUGAACCCAUCGGCGCAAGGUAAAAUAUCAAGAGAGCAUGGCUCACCUGGGUGAACGUAAAUGGACUCACGUGUUCCCUUUUCUGGUGGUCUCCCUGGUGUACUCUGCCAGUGCCGAAUACUCCAACUGCGGCGAGAACGAAUACUACAACCAGACCACCGGCAUGUGCCACGACUGCCCCAAGUGCGAGCCGGGCGAAGAGCCUUACAUGACAUGCGGGUAUGGCACCAAAGAUGAGGACUACGGCUGCAUCCCCUGCCCUUCGGAGAAGUUUUCCAGAGGAGGUUACCAGAUAUGCAGGCGGCACAAAGACUGCGAGGGGUUUUUUCGAGCCACAGUCAUGACACCUGGUGAUCAGGAGAAUGAUGCAGAGUGUGGUCCUUGUCUCCCAGGUUACUACAUGCUGGAAAACAGACCCCGAAACAUAUAUGGGAUGGUUUGCUACUCCUGCUUGUUGGCACCUCCUAACACCAAGGAAUGUGCGGGGGCUACCUCUGGCAUUUCAGCCAUUUUCCCAAGUACCUCUGGCACAAGCACUUUCUCGCCUUACCAGCAUGCUCACAAAGCAGAUCUUUCAGGACAAGGACAUCUGGCUACAGCUCUUAUAAUAGCAAUGUCUACCAUCUUCAUAAUGGCUAUUGCCAUUGUCCUCAUCAUCAUGUUUUACAUUGUGAAAACAAAACCUUCUGCUCAAGCCUGUUGCAAGAGCCACUCGGUAAAAAAUGUUGAAGCUCAGGCUAACACGCAAGAAGAGAAGAAAGAAGUGCAAGAUAAUGUUGUGAUAUUCUCUGAGAAAGAAGAGUUUGAAAAACUUACAGCAACUCCCGCUAAGGCUGUUAAAAGUGAAAAUGAUGCAUCUUCUGAGAAUGAACGACUUUUAAGCCGUAGUAUGGAUAGUGAUGAAGAAGCUGCAGUUGACAAGCAAGGGACUCCAGAGAGAUGCUUGUUAUCUUUAGUGCAUUUGGCCAGAGAUAAAUCUUCUACAAGCAAUAAAUCAACUGGGAUUCAAAGUCGAAGGAAAAAGAUACUUGACGUGUAUGCCAACGUAUGCGACGUUGCAGAAGGUCUGAGCCCUACAGAGCUGCCAUUUGAUUGCCUGGAGAAGACCAGCCGAAUGCUCAGCUCGACCUACAACACAGAAAAAGCCAUAGUGAAAACGUGGCGUCACCUUGCCGAGAGCUUUGGACUGAAGAGGGAUGAGAUAGGUGGUAUGACGGAUGGCAUGCAGCUCUUCGAUCGCAUCAGCACAGCGGGAUACAGCAUCCCAGAACUGCUAACCAAACUGGUGCAAAUCGAGCGGUUGGAUGCUGUCGAAUCCUUGUGUGCGGAUAUUCUGGAGUGGGCACAAGCAAUGCCUGCUCCUGAACCAGCAGGGACAUCCUGACAUGCCUGCCGGGGAGCCGCGCUUCCACGUCACCCGCAAGAACCAUGAUUCCAGCAAGCACCACAUCAAAGACUUUGGACAAAAGACAGUUGAUGUUUCUUCUACAUAAUCGCUCCCGAUAACCAAUGGGAAGAUCUUCUCUUUGACUUCUAAAUAAAGUGAAGUUACACAUCUACCAAAACAAGCGCAGAAAUCUGCCACGAAGCUUGGUAUGAAACAUGUCAUUAAACAAAAUGAUCAUGUUAAACAGUUACUGAUAAUAAGUGGACACACAAACAUUCAUUUUGCAGUCUGUGUAUAAGUGCAGAUAACCCUGCUGAUACCCUUCCUGCCUGGCCUUCAAGAAAGCCAUUGAAUUGCUCUCUGAAAAUAUUCCUGUCUUUUAGGGCUUCAUUCAAUGGUUUAAUAGUUACAGUCAAAAGCAGUACCACACCUACAAUAUCAAUAAAUACACAUUAGGCACGUACAUUUCUAUCGGCUCUAACACAUUUAAUAUGUAACCAGUUUCAUUUUCUAUACUUACUUACUAUGGGUUUGUUGAAUCUAGAAGUAUGUGCAUAGGUGUAUAUACACAGUCCUCAGAUAACUAACUAUACUACAUGAAAAAAGAGUCAACGUAAUUUGCAGAUCGAAGUGCUUCAAAACGCUGUACAUAAUGCACAUAAAUGCACUCUUGGUCCAUACUGACAUUUCAGAAAUUGUAAAUUCAAACUGCUGACGUGCUGAGGACAAGCUGGUUAGCAAGUGGGCAGUAAAAGCUGGCAGUCACUCCUUGUAAGUUGAGAGCAACAAGUUCUUCUCUUCUUUGCCAUUACAAAAAAAGAAGCAACGAAAACAGCUUGUCCAUUACCAUGAAAAAAGCAUUUUUUCCAGUAGUGACAUCUAUAUACCAAAUUAUAUUCCAAGCAGAGGAAUUUUGGACAACAGUGGUGCACAUUUGACACUAAGAACAAAAGGAGUAGAUUUCUUUAGAGACCCUUGACAUGCAGAGGAAAAAGUGUUCUUUAAAUGCUAUACUCUUGUAAACGUAGACCAUGGGCAGAGAAUCCACAGGUGAAAACCAGCUCCUCUGGAAGGUGAAGCAUUAUUGUGAGUUUGUGUACAACAAAAAUGGACCUUAUUUUUUUCCUUUUAACUAAUCUCUGAAUUUCAUGGUUAAAAGUUCUCUAAAACUUGUUCAGACCACAAAUCAGUAGCUGUUACCAAACCUAUUUGCUUAAUUUAUAGCUAAAAUGAGUGAUGACGGAUUUCAACAAGUGCAACCACUAAAUUAAGAGACGUGUCAGUUACAAAGCAAUACUUUUUAAAUUCCAAAAUGCAUGACUGAACAAAAUGCUAUAAAAAUAUUAACUAUUACCCUGAAGUUAACAACCAGUAUUCCAUCACUUAGUAACUAGAUCUUACCUAUGAUAGUAUCAUAAUUGCGUGGAACAUUUAGUAUCACCCUUUAACAUCUAUAUUUAGUAUCUUUUCAGCACUUCAUUUGUAGAGCAGAGGAAGUACAUACUGCAACAUAAAACCUAUCCCUCUCAUUAGUCGUCUUCCACCAUUUCUUUCGUAUCAUAACACACUCUUCAUUAAUUUGCAUAUGCCAAAUUUGAUGAGAAUUUUGACUUUUCUUUUAACAAAGCAGCAAGCUGCAUUUAUUUGAACAUUUAACUAGCUAACAUGUUUAAUUUAGGGGUGAAAUUCUUGCUUUCUUGAAAUCAAUGACAAAUUCAUACAGAUUUCAGCAGGCUUCAAUAAGAUUUCUAGAUCUGCUGACAAUUCAGCAAUCUUCAACAAAAUUUUCAAGGCCCUGAAUUUGCAGUUUAGUACCAUUGCUACUAGAAUAAGAAAGGGAAAGAAAAAAAAGAGAACGUGAAGAUUCUAUUUUUCUUGUGCCAGUGUGUAACUACAGUGUUAUUCAGUGGACUGCCUCCUGUAUUUCAUGUGUCAUUUAAUAGUACACAUCAUUUCUUUGUUUAAAAGAAGAUACAGGAAUCCUCUUUUUUAUGUUUAUUGGGCCAUGAAAAGUUAGGGUCUUGAAAUCGAUGGUGCCAAUGUGAACACAGACUAUUUAACAUUAUUUUAUUUAGUAUACAGUAUUUUUAUUGUUACACAAAAGAUGUACAGGAAUGAAAAAAUUUCCUGUAGAUCUUGCCAAAUCUUACUUUCUAAUAAUUUUGUUUAAUGCUGUAUAUAUAACUUAUUAUAUUGUAAAGUAUGAACAUAAAAUAUGCUAAUAAAAGAAAGAGGUCAAACACAGUUGUAUUAGCCAUUUCUUUGAUUAAAUCAUAUAUUGCCUUAUAAAUCUGUAAUUAAAUGAGUUAGCCAUGGGCUAGCAGGCACAUUCCUGUGGUAUGGGAGUGUCUAAGUAAUAUACAUGAAGGAAUCUUUGCAUUGCCGUAGGAUACUGCUUCUCUGCAUCACACUUUGGAAACUUUCGAAGCAGAAACCAUUCUUCCUUUGUCAGUAUAGUUUCUGUUCAAUAUUUCAUCUUGUA